UAUCGUGGCCAGAGUGUUCAUACGCCUAGCAUCGUCAUGCUUUCGCCCACACCAUUAGCAUUCGGUUCUCCUGCGACUAGUAUCUGUCGGACUGGCCUCCUAUAUCCAAUAGUAUCUGCCACUUCCCAUCCUUGCGAUCUCGUAUGCUUGGUCAGUCGGCGCAUAACAAGACUCUUGGUUGCAUGGGUUUUAGACUUUUACAUUUCGUUGCUUUUCACUCUGGAACCAGGGUGA